GAGACCUCUGCUUUAUAUAACACUCCCGUCAGUGGAACUCGCUCAACGCCUUGCGUUCCCGCUGAGCAGUUGAGCAAUCUAUGUGCUUGGCGUAGAUGAUCGCCUCUAUCAUCUGCCAUAGAGCUUAAGAUUACUAUAUAGGAUAAAAUAAGAAGCCCAGACUGUCUUUUCUGUCGGAAAAGCCCUUUUCCUGAUAGAUGUAUACCCUGCGCGUUGUUGCAACAGAACGACGGCUUUCACAGCUUGCUUUGCCUGGGUCCGAGCGCAACGGCCCUACCAGCAGCACAACUCCCCUGCACGAUGCAUCUCUGGGAGGCGCGGACAGCGAUAGCGACGACAGCAGCCAGGGCGAGCUGCUAGGCCUGGACGAUGAUAGCCAGGCCAUCGAGUUCACUGCGGGCAACCCACGCGUCGAGCACAUCACCGGCGUUGUGCAUCUGUACCGCCCAACACCCGGCCGCCUGCCCCAAAGCACCCUCACACCCUCCUCUUCCGGCUCCACGGCACCCCUAGCCACAACCGCAUCCUCCGCGUCCUCCGCACCCCGCGCUUCCUCCCUCUCCACUCUGCCAGCCCUGGCCGACGCCCCGCCCGUCAAGGGUGCCCCCACCUCCUGGGCCUCCCUCUUCACCCCAGCCCCACCUCCCGAGCCCCCUCCCCGGCACCACCCAGCGGGCGAGCCCUGCGCCGAGCUGUGCUGCCUGGCGCUGCCCUCCGAUAUGACCAUCGCGGACUUCUGUACCUUCCUUGGCGGCCACCUGCUGCGCCUGCGGCGCAUGCGGGUGCUGAGGCGCCAGGUGGGCCCUGUGGGCGGGGCCGGAGCCGGACACCCGCAGCUACUAGGGGGAGCAGCUGCAGCUGCACCAGCAGCGCCGGCGCCGGCGGCGGGGGCGAUACUGACUUCCGGUGGGACGGACGUGGGGCGACCCAGAUCAAACAGCAGCGGUGGAGGUGGAAGCAGCAACAGCAGCAGCGGUUGUUGCAGUGGCAGUGGUGGUGUUUGUGGGGCUGUUGGGGCUGAGCGUGCGCCGGGGCCCAAGCCAGCGGAUGCAGCGCUGGCUGGUACGACGCAGGGUUCACAGCAGCAGGUGCUGGCAACAGCAGGAGCAGCAGCAGCUCCUGACAGCACAACGCGGCCAUGCGGACACAGUGGCAGCAACCCGGCGGCGACCCACGGGUCAUGCUGUGGGCCCCAGCCACAACCUGCCCAGCCCAGCCAGCCCGCUACCCCCACGCCACUACCAAGCUCCGUUCCUCCUGCCGCAGCCUCCGCAACCGCCUCCGCAGCCGCGCGCCUACCUGCCCACCACGCCCGGUCUCCUCCGGUAUCCCAACGGGUAGUUUGCAUGGUAGUGAUGCAUUUGGAGAGCCCGCAGGCGGCCGAGGAGCUGUACAACGACCUCAACGGUCGACCGUUUAGUUCCCUGGAGCCUGAUGUGGUCUGCCGACUCGUAUUUGUACGACAAGUGGAGGUUACCAGCGGCGGCGGCGGCGCCAGUGGCGCGCUGCUGUUAGGGGGUUCAGUUGAUGGCAAGGGGGUAACAGGGGCUGCUGCCGACGCACCAACAACGGCUGCUGCCGCUGCCGCUGCGACGACGGCGACGGCGGCGGUGGCUCACUCGCCGUCCGCGCCGCCGCCGGGUCAAACGGAGCUUCCGACGUGUCCCGUCUGUUUAGAGCGGUUGGACGAGCACGUGAGCGGCAUCGUGACGACGGUUUGCAAUCACAUGUUCCAUUCAGAGUGUCUGCAGAAGUGGGCUGACACGAGCUGCCCUGUGUGCCGCUACUGCGUGCAAGGCGCCGCCAGCACCUCCCGCUGCGGGGUGUGCGGUACGGCAGUGGAUCUCUGGAUCUGCCUGAUCUGCGGUCACGUGGGCUGUGGACGCUAUCGUGCAGGUCACGCUGCCGACCACUGGCGCACCAGCGGCCACUGCUACGCCCUAGAACUGGAGACGCAGCGCGUGUGGGACUACGUGGGGGAUAACUAUGUGCACCGACUCAUUCAAUC